AUGGUACUUGUAGUCUUGUGUCUGCCUGCUGUGGCAAGGAGUGCUCCAGCUGCUUCUUGCAUUAUCUCUGACCCUCUUCCUAUUCUUCACAAGUUCCAUCAGUCAGGAGACCUCCUCAUCGUUGGCAUCAUUUCUCAGAUCUACGUGUUUUUCUCUCAAGCAACUUUUGAAAAGCGCCCCUCUUCUGAACUUUAUGAUGACGUUCUCCAUUUUCAUCAAAGAUGGACCAUUCAUGCUUCCCUGGAACUUCUCUCCACAAAGAACAGAUUCAUCCCAAACUACAAAUGUGACACCCUGAACAAUCCAUUAGCAGUAAUUGGGGGACCGGACUCUGAUGUCUCUCUCCCCAUAACAAUGAAUCUCUGCAUUUACAAGAUUCCACAGCUCAUAUAUGGCUGCACUCAAAUAAUGAAAAAUGACAUGGAAGCUGAUUUCCUGUACUGGAUGUUUCCGAAAGGGACUCUUCAGAAUGAAGGAAUCCUCAAAUUACUCCUGCAUUUUGGGUGGACAUGGAUUGGGGUUUUUUAUUUGCCUAAUGACAAUGGAGAGAGAUUUGUACAGGAUACAUUGCACAUGUUUCCUGAGAGAGACAUCUGCUUUGACUUUAUAGAAACAUUCACAACAUUGGCUUUUUCCAGUGAUAUCUAUCAAACAGUGGAGGAGAUAAGAACAAAAAUGAAAGCUCUUUCAGAAAGCACUGCCAAUGCAUUGCUCAUAUAUGGUGAAAUACAGAGCAUGUUGGUUUUCAUAUUAAUGCACAACUUUGCAGAUUUGGUGAAUAUGCCAAUUAAGACAAGAGGUAAAGUCUGGAUUAUGAUUGCUCAGAUGGAUUUCACAUCACUUCAGUUUCAAAGAAGUGUGGAUCUUCACUCCCUCCAUGGGGCUCUUUCCUUUGCAUUGCACUCACAAGAGGUUUUAGGAUUCCGGCAAUUUCUUCAGAUGAGAAACCCCACCUCGGAGAAAGAUGAUGGCUUUCUCAGGGUCUUUUGGGAAGAUGCAUUUAAUUGCCUUUUCCCCAACUCCAUUGCAGAUGAGAAGGCUGAGGAAAUCUGCACUGGGGAGGAGAUGUUGGAGACUCUUCCUGGAUCAGUCUUUGAGAUGAGCAUGACCAGUCACAGCUAUAGUGUCUACAAUGCUGUCUAUACUGUGGCAUAUGCUUUGCGUGCCAUGCAAUCAGCUAAAUCUAAUCUAAGAGGAAGGGUGGAUGCAGGUAGCCUGAAGAUUCUGUAUCAUCUGCCAUGGCAGCUCCACCACUUUCUGAGAAGUGGAUCGUUUAACAACAGUGCUGGAGAAAAGGUUUCCUUUGAUGAAAAUGGGGAAUUAGUUGCUGGAUUGGAUAUCAUCAACUGGGUCACAUUCCCAAACCAGUCCUUCCAUAGAGUCCGAGUGGGAAAGAUAGAACCAGAUUGUCCCACAAGACAGGUGCUCACAAUUCAUGAGGAUGACAUUCAGUGGCCCAGCAGAUUUAACCAGGCACGGCCUCUUUCUCUGUGUAAUGACCACUGCCAUCCUGGCUAUAGUAGGACAAAGGCAGAAGGGAAGCCAUUUUGCUGCUAUGAUUGCCUUCCAUGCCCAGAAGGGAAAAUUUCCAACCGUAAAGACAUGGACAACUGCAUCCCAUGUGCAGAAGAUCAUUAUCCAAGCAAUGGCCAGGAUUUUUGUAUUCCCAAGGCCAUCAACUUUCUGACUCAUGAAGAACCUUUGGGGAUCAGUAUGGACAUUUUUGCUCUGUCCUUUGCUUUCAUCACAGCUUUUGUGCUGAGGAUUUUUCUGAAGCACAAGGACACUCCCAUUGUCAAAGCCAACAACCGCAGCCUCACCUACACUCUCCUCAUCUCCCUCCUUCUCUCCUCCCUUUGUGCUUUGCUUUUCAUUGGCAAGCCUGAGAGGAUCACAUGUCUCCUUCGACAAGCUGCUUUUGCCAUCAUCUUCUCUGUGGCAGUUUCUUGCAUCUUGGCCAAAACCACCAUUGUGAUUCUGGCUUUCAUGGCCACCAAGCCAGAGUCCAGCAUGAGGAAAUGGGUGGGGAAAAGGUUGGCCUACCCCAUCGUUCUUUGCUGCUCUCUCAUUCAAACCACCAUUUGUACAGUGUGGCUGGCAACUUCCCCACCAUUCCCAGAUUUUGACAUGACCUCCAUGGCUACAGAAAUGAUCCUGGAAUGUAAUGAAGGCUCCACUGCCAUGUUUUAUUCUGUGCUGAGCUUCCUGGGCUUCCUGGCUACAGUGAGCUUCAUUUUGGCUUUCUUGGCCAGGAAGUUGCCUGACAGUUUUAAUGAAGCCAAGUUUAUCACCUUCAGCAUGCUGGUCUUUUGCAGCGUUUGGUUAUCCUUUCUUCCAGCCUACUUGAGCACAAGGGGAAAAUAUAUGGUAGCUGUGGAAAUAUUCUCUAUUUUGGCCUCCAGUGCUGGCUUACUCUCUUGUAUCUUUUUCCCAAAAUGUUUUGUAAUUUUGCUGAGGCCUGAUUUGAACCAAAGGAAGGAGCUGAUAAGAAGAAGGAAAUAAAGAUUCUAUGGUCCUGAUCCAACCAAAACUAUUGAUAAGGAGGUCCUAUAGAAAAUUAUAGGUGUGAAUUCAAUUGUGGCUUCCCUUCUUCCUUGUUUCCAAUGAACCUCAUUGUUUUAAUGAAAAUUGCAGUGGGAUCAGGGCCUCUGUUUGUUGCUAUAGGCACUUAAGUCUUUAUUUCUUGGAUUGGGUCUAAAUGUAUUGCAAACUCUGGGAUUAAUCUAGGAGGUAACCGAUGUUGAUUCCAUCUAUUUAUGCUUAUCUGUUGGCACACUGAUGGAGGGUCCCACUUUCGCUGGUCAAUCUAUUGAAGGACUAUAGCGACAGAAAAGAAAAUUAUUUGAUGCUUGCCUUGAAACAUAAUCCGACUCAAAAAUGAAAUCUAUCUUUAUAUUUAUUUCUCUAAGAUGUACCCAUGAAUAAUCCCAUUCGUGGCACUUCUCAUGAGAGUUCACAGGCAGCUGCCCAGACAGAGAUGGGGACAGUGGAGAAAACAGUGAUGGCAGCCAGCGAGAGGCCAGAGGAGGCAGCAGGAGGAAGCCGCAGCCAGCCAGCAGGAAAAAAUGGUAGCUGACCAGUGGUAGAAAGUGGUGGGCGGCGGGAGAGAAGGCAGCAUGGGGGAGAGAAGUGGGGGGAGGAUAGAAGGCAGUGCUGCGGGAAAAGGCAGCGGUGGGGAGCCAGAGAAAGCAUGGAACCCUGGAGGUUCCAGAGGAGGAGGUGGGCCGAGUGAGGGAGCAGGGCAGAGCAGAAAAGAGCAGGGAGGCUGCCUCAUUAAAUUCAGAACCACAAAAAGGGACAUACUCAAGGGACCUCCUCAAGGUAGGGAUACAUUUUUCUCUCAUACACUUCCCCUCGCCCUCCUAUCCUUCCACCCACAAACCACCAGCUUGUUUAAUGCAAAGGCUUAACAUGUGGAUUAAAUGUUGUUUGCCUCUUGCCAUCUCUUUCCAUGUCUCAACAGGCUGCUAGUCCACUCUAUAGCUGAUAAUGUGGGAACAAAGAUAAAGAAUGAUGUGAUGGCAGGAUCAGCCUGCUGAAAUAAGAGCCUCCCCAUCUCUUACAGCUUUUAA